CUGGCCGAACUCACUCCGCCGUCGCCCGACCGUAACGAGACUCCGGCGGCGCAGCCCGCAAUGGAGACGACUGAGGUCGACACGAAGCAACAAUCCGUCGCUCCCUCAGAACCACCUCAACAGACUCCAACCCCGGUUGUCGACACUCCCACAACUGAGCCUAGCACGAAUGGUGUUAAGCCACCUGUUCCGGAGGAUGACGACACCGCUAACGAUGAUGAACUUACUCCUCCUCCUGAGAACAUGAGCCCCGUCUCGGGCACAAAUGACCGCGCCUUGGAAGACGAGAUCGUUGUUGGUAACCGCAAUGGCGCACCCAAGUCCUCACCACUUCGUGUUGUUUCCGACCAAGAAGACGAGAACAUGGCCGACGUCGAGGACGAGCCCGUCGUUUCGCAUUAUCCUAAGCGGAAGCGUGCCUCUCUCUUCAAUGACCUGAGCGAAGAUAAGAUGGAGAACAGCCUCGCGUCCGAGAAGGAGGGCACCCCUCGAGGAACCAAGCCCCGUAGGCACGGGGUCGGUGGUGUCAAGGGCGUCAUUCUCGGUUACUGGCGAGAUUCCCCCGUCCCCGACCCCGACGGCAAGCACGCAGUCAUCGGCUUCAUUGACGUUCGCGACCGUCUUCGCACGCGUAUCCAACAAAACACGCGUGACGGCGAGCCCAUCUCAAACAUCGAAUAUCCUCUUCCUCCCGGGCCUGGCGGUAGCUGGGUCACUUUCGAACGUGUCGUCUUCGCAGACCAUCUGGUUGGCAUGGACCACCACCAGGUCAAGGAGUAUGUGAAGCUCCGAACGGACGUUGUCGAGGACUCUGCAGAUGCCAGGGAUGCCGCAGAGAAGGCUGCUGCAAAGGAGGCGGUUCGUCGCGUCGAGGAAAACCCUCCCCCGGAAAACGUCGUCGCGCCUGCUAUCGCCUACGGCGCCGUCAUCCCCGGCCACGCCUCCAUGCCGUCUCGGCCGGACUCUAAACGUCGCCGCACUGGUAGUGGCAUCGGCACGAUUAGCGGGGGACCCGUUCAGCCCCAACCGACACGAGAGAUCGCACCUUCGCCUCAGUUUGACCCGCUUCCCGGAACUAGGCCAACACGCAUCGUCGUGGGAUACUGGAAGGGAUCCAGCGAGCCAGAUCCGGUGAACCGUCAUGCCAUCUAUGGAAUUCUCGGUCAGAACGACAUGUUCCGCGUCAAGGUUGCCCGUGAAACUCGCGAUAAGCGCUUUGUCGACGGCAACUUCCCCGUCGGAGCAGGCGCCUUGUGGAUUCACUGGGAGGACGUCGAGCUCGAACCGCACCUGAAGAACCUGUCUAGGGCCGAAGUGAAGGAGUACUGCCGUGUACGCCAGUGGCAAAUCGACCAAGGCGAGUUGCCAGACGACCGCGUUGCGAACGAGACACAGGCGGUUUACGAGGCCCAGCAACGUGUGGCACAAGGCUUCAAGCCCAAUAUGCAGCAGAGUGUCCCCGCCCAGAUCAUCCCCCAGCCGGGCGAUGACCUCGAUAUGCCGGAAACGAAGCCCGAAGUUCCCCCUGAACUACGCCAGAGCCGUAGGUCCGGUCCCGGAGGCAUUCGUCACUCUCUCCCUGAUCUCGAGAUCAGACAGUCGUCCCGCACCCCGGUGGCCCAGCAGAGCAAGAUCGAUGCCAGCGCUCGCCGCGAGAUCGCCCGCAUCGAGGCCGCUCAAAUGCGCACCGAGCGCUUCGCCGCCGACCGCGAGGCUGCCGCCGCCCAAGCUGCCGCCCAGGCCGCCGCUCAAGCCCAGAUGAACUCGCAGCCCGUCCUCGUCCCCCCGCAGAUUCCCUCCCAGGCCAUGCCCAAGAUGCCCAUUCCCAACGGCAACGGCGCUCGCAUGAGCAGCAUGUUCCACGAGCGCGACGAGAUGCAGCGCCUGAACAAGGUAUGGGCCCAGCAGGAGGAGCACCGCAGCAGGGCUGCCGGCGAGGAGAUCAAGUUCUUCGGCGGUAUCAAGUAUGAGCGCAAGCAGAACGGCCCGUUUGUCGGCAAGCUCGUGUCCCAGGGCACCAUCAUCAGCAUCGACGGCGAAGACUACGUCGAGUACCGCGUUCUUACGAAGCCUAGUUUCUUCUAA